AUGUCUGUCGACGAGUUUGAAGCGAUAUUAAAACAGCUACCCACCCUCAAGGCUCCAGGGGUUUCGGGCUCCCGCAUUAAGCGGUUGACGGAGUUGGCAGUGAAGAAUGUGGCCGAAGAAUCCAAGUUGAUGGCCACUUUAUACUCUAACUGCAAGGCGGUACCCCUGACCCACAAAUUAGGGACGCUCUAUGUGGUUGACGCCAUCGUUCGGGCUUAUAUCGAGGAAGCUAAGCGGUUGGAACAAACCGUUGACGCUAACGCCCCCGAAGGUACACCGGCCGCGGCGGCCUAUAAAUUAUCGGAAUUGAUCGAGUCGUUGAUGGAUGACUCGUUGGAAUUGUGUAUUUCGCCGUCUACCAAAGUUAAAAUCGGCAAAUUAGUCGACAUCUGGGAAAGGGCAGAAACGUUUCUGCCCGAAAUCCUCGCUCGUAUUAGAGACAAGCACUUUAAGCUGACGACUCCACCGGGUACCCCUCCUCCCCCAUUGGUAGAAGUGGCACCCCCGGUACCUAAACAGGAGCCGUUGCCGCCUUCGGCUUCGGCUUCGGCUUCAGCUUCGUCGGCCGCCACCAAUGCCCCUAGUCAAGACUCGAAUUCGAUUCUUUCGGCGUUGGCGUCUCUUUCACAAUCACGCGAUAACGCGGCUACCGCCGCUCAACCUAACGCUGGCGGUGAUGCGCUGUCGAUCUUAGCUCAAUUGAGUGCAUUCGCAGGCCAGCAACAACCGUCGGCUGCGCAACCUCAGCCCCUGUUCCAGCAACAACCUCAAGGUAACGCUGAGUCGGUGCUCGGGGUGUUGCAGUCACUUAGCUCACAACAGUCUCUGUUCCAAGGUUCUCAAGGUUACCUGCAACCCAGUUCUCUUCCUCCUAUACCUGUGGCGGCGUCGUCUCAAGGUUACGGUAAUGACCGUCGGGUAAGAUCGCCCCCUAGCUACAACCGUGACCGCCUGCCACCUCGUUGGGGAGGCGACCAAGGUAACCAAGCUAAUCCCGUACCACAACCUCUGCUGGCUUACAGUGACCCUCUUGAUGACCCUGCCUAUUGUAAAGCUCAGUUCGAUGCCAUGCAACAAGCCCGCGUUCGUGCUAACGAUCCUUCUCGUCCUCCCCGUAGAGGUCAAGGUGGACAACUUCUCGAUGAGAUCAACGUUCCCGGUGAACCUCACUACCGUCCUCGUAAUGUAGGCGUUGAUAACAGCAUCCCUCACGGUUCGUUCAAGGUUUUGUCCCGGACUUUAUUCGUGGGUGGUGUGCCCCGUGGUAUGGAUGAAAAUGGGUUGUCGGAAGUGUUGCGCCCUUUUGCCGAAACUCAAUCAAUUAUCCUCAACUCUGAACGGAAGCAUGCUUUUAUCAAGGUGUACCUGAGACGCGAAGCCGAACAAGUUAUCACUGCAUUCAACAAGGACGGUCAAUUACCUCUUCGUACUCGUUGGGGGGUUGGUUUCGGCCCUCGUGACUGCUGCAACUACCAGCACGGGGUGUCCGUAAUCCCUAUCGACCGGUUAACUGAGGCCGAUCGGCAAUGGGUCGUCACUGCCCAAUGGGGUGGUACUGGCGGGUCACCUUUGACUUCGGGAAUGGUCAUCGACGAGCCCGAUAUCGAAAUCGGUGCCGGUAUCUCCUCCAAGGCCAUGUCUAAAAAGAUGCCUACUAAUUCUGCCCGUAAUGGUCCUAAACUGAACCGUCCGGGCGAGCCCGAUGAGGACUUUGCUAAGGCUACGAUGAUGGGUCAAAGAGGUCGUGGCGGUGGUCGCCACGGUGGCCACAUGGGUCACGGUGGUCACGGUGGUCACGGCGGCCAUGGCGGCCCUCCCAUGGGUUUCAACCAACCAUUCCCUGGUCCUGGUGCACCGCCGAUGGUGCCCGGCGCCAAUCCCGGCAACUUCCAAGAUUUUAUGAAAUCAUUCCAAGGACAACAAGGAGGCCCGGGGGGUCCUCCCAACCAACAACUUGCCAACCAACUUGCCAAUUUGUUCCAACAACCCCCGCAAUGA